CCCACCCCUCCCGACUCCGCGGUCCACUCUCCACUGCCACCAGGCAAACCAGCCGCGCCGCCGCCGGCGAUGACCACCGCGCGGUUCGUCUCAACCUGCCCCACCCGCCUAUCCUCCACGUCGACUUCCCCGAUUCGAACCUCGGGGUGGGUUAUCGGUCGGGUCCCCGCUAGGCCGCUCGGUUUCUCGCUUCGUCUCAAGCCCGCCAUGGCCGCCGCCGGCGUCGGCGGCAACGGCUCCCCGACCGCACCCGGAGACUCCAUAGGAUCUUCUAGGAUUGGAGAGGUUAAGAGGGUGACUAAGGAGACAAAUGUGCACGUGAAGAUCAACCUUGAUGGCACUGGUGUCGCCGAGUGUAGCACAGGGAUACCGUUCUUGGAUCACAUGCUCGAUCAGCUGGCAUCACAUGGACUCUUUGAUGUGUACGUGAAGGCAACAGGUGACACACAUAUUGAUGACCAUCACUCAAAUGAGGACAUUGCUUUGGCAAUUGGGACGGCACUACUUGAAGCACUUGGUGAUCGAAAGGGAAUUAACCGUUUUGGGCAUUUUACAGCACCGCUCGAUGAGGCAGCGGUUGAGGUUAUACUGGAUCUGUCUGGUCGCCCUCAUUUAAGCUGUGGCUUAGAUAUUCCUACUCAGAGAGUUGGCACAUAUGAUACACAGCUGGUUGAACACUUUUUCCAAUCUGUGGUGAACACAUCUGGGAUGACUCUUCACAUCCGUCAGCUUGCUGGGAAAAACUCACACCAUAUUAUCGAGGCAUCUUUCAAAGCAUUUGCUAGGGCACUUCGACAAGCAACAGAAUAUGACUUGCGCCGCCAAGGCACUGUCCCCAGCUCCAAAGGUGUUUUGUCAAGAUCAUAACAUUGUGAGUUUGAACGUACGCAUACCGUUCAUUGCAGCGCACAUCAAUGAGAGGAAACCUGCAGGCAGCUGCUGCGGUUUCUGCUGCUUACAUUGGGAGCCUGCGUUAACCUUUGACACCAAAGCAUGGACCUUGCUAGUGAGAUAAAUCAAAUAUCAAAUGUAGCACUACUGCAACUCUAUCUGCUCUCUGGAGUUACAGGAAAUCUGAAGAUUGAAAAGGUCUGGACAAGCUGUGACUUUGAAAGCUACUCCGGUCACCAUGAAUAAUGCUGCGCCUUGUAAGAACUUUGCAACGUGGAUCAUCCGCACAAACAUAGGAGUAUGUAAUUGUUUGGCCAUUGAAGGGAAUAAAUUGGUUUUUGUUCGUCCAGUUUGUGCGAGUUGAGAAAAUAGGAGCCCUCCAAUUAUCUGGAACUGGAAAGAGGGAUGAAUUGUGGUUCCACUUAAUCCACGAAUGUUCACUGGA